AUGCCUCUGAACUCCUCCGACGACAACCGGACCGUCUCCGCUUUCUCCUCCAAACUGACCCCAGCUGCGGACAUAUGUGUGGGGCUGGCCAUCCUCUCUGUUGUCCUGCUCUCUGUUCUGGGCAACGGUCUGGUGCUGGUGAUCUGUUACCGCAGGAGGAAGAAGAUGGCGGGGUCAGAGCUGUUGUGCAUCAACCUGGCCGUGGUGGACUUCCUCUGCUGCAUCUGCUUCUACCCGCUCUCCAUCGUGUCCUCCUUCCAGCACGAGUGGCUUGGAGAAAACCUCACCUGCGUCUACUACGGCCUGGGCUGCUUCGUCUUCGGCCUGUGCGGCAUGUUCACCAUAACCGCCAUCAGCAUCACCCGCUACCUGAAGACCUGCUACAGCCUGGCAAACUGUGAGCACCUUGGAUUUUUCGGGAGUCGCGUGUGGCUAAAGGGGGUCAACAUCCGCCUGAUGUGCUGCGUCAUCUGGCUCAUCUCUGUGCUGUGGUCCAGCUUCCCCCUGUUUGGCUGGGGGGAGUACGUCCCCGAGCCGUACGGGCUGUCCUGCACCAUCGCCUGGAGGGGCUAUCACACCUCCACCAAGGACGCCUUCUAUGUCAUCUGCUCCUUCGCCGGCUUCACACUGGUCCCCGUCCUCCUCAUCGUGGUGUCGCAGUGUCGGAUCCUCUACAAGGUGUCCCGCUUCUCCUACGCGCUGUCUGCGAAGGGAAUCCGCAACAACCUGCGUCAUGCUGAGAAGCGGCUCUCCAUGAUGUUUUUCUGCAUCAGUCUGGGCUUUGUGACGGCCUGGGCCCCUUACGCUGUCGUGUCCUUCCUUUUCAUUUUCCACAAUGAGCCCUGGUACAUGGCCCCGGAGGGCUUCGUCUUACCCGCCCUCUUCGCCAAAAGCUCCCACAUCUACAACCCGUUCAUCUACUUCUAUUUUAACAAAACCUUCCAGCGGGAGCUGCGCGGCCUCCUUCUGUCCUCUUACCACAAACUCGGGGGAAAUCGAGUGGGGGUGCACGUGUCCACGAGCGGACAAGCCCCCCACCCCAUCCACAUUCAGCUCCAGGAACGAGGCUGCGUCCAGAAGAGGAGUUUCGUUCUGCCUCUGGAGAAAAGCCACCGAAGGAGCAACCCCAAGAGUAAAGCAAGCCAGCCAAGCAGCAGCCACGUUCCCGACCAGCAGAGGCUGGCCUGCUGGGGGUCCACUUUCAAGAACAGCCCCACAGCCGUGGUCAGUAAGCCUGCCGACGACCGUCAGCCCGUCUCCAUAUGA